UACAGGUGUGGAGAGGAGAGAGAGGGGAAAAUCUGGUGCGAUCGAAAUAGAAACACGGGCAACGGGACCGGGACAGGCUCGGGUCGGCAAUCUAAGUCAUCUAAUGACAGAGUUUUUUCAAGGGAGGUUGAGCAAGCUUUUCGUCGUGCAUGGGUGGAAAACUUAGGAUGUUACCGACCUACUCUAUUUUUCUAUUUCUGCUGCAACUCCAGAUGGAUGUUGGGAAAGAUGGCAAAGAGAAACUGGGAUGCUGCAGGUUUUGUUGGCUGUGGCAAUUGUUCGGAGUAUACCCAGUUGGGCAGUUGAGAAGAAGCGAAGCUGCGGAUGUUGUAUCUUGGGCUAAAUUCCAGGGCGGCGUGGAUAACUCACGGCCAUGGAAUGAUGUCAAUGGCGCUUUGCCCUUGUCUUUGAGGUUAUUUGGAGAUGCUGCGUUAUUGAAUGUUGAACGUUGAACGUUGGACUGGCUGGCCAGGCCAGGCCAUGCCUCUUCCAAGGACAGGUUCGAGGUCAGAAUUGUUCCAUUACAGCCUAGGUAGGAAGUUGGAGACCAAAGCGCUGUUCAUCCUCCGGUAUCACGAUUGCACAGUAGUAGUCUAUCAUCCAGUCGGCAGACCGGCACCCCAGGAUUGCAUUGUUUCAACCUGCCGUCGAAUUGUUUUUCUCGUUUUAAUAGCAUGUCAAAUAUCAUCUCAUCUCACCAGGUCCUCGUCCUCGUCCUCGUCCUCGUCUCCCAUCGCGAUCCAAUGCUUGUCCUCCCACCUGUCUCACGACCCUCUUGGAUCUGAAACGCGUGCGAUCAAACUCCCCCGGCUUCGCCGCCUCUCACAGGCCCGCCGCUCGCUGCACUGCUCGCCUGGGUUUCGCCUUCUCAGCCCCGACUGACGUACCUUGCAGGCGCCGUUCAGCUUAUCCCUGCCGAUCCCAGGGAUCCCAGGGGUCUUAGGGGAGGUGGGGCCCCUGCAAAACAAAAUCAGGGGGGAAGGAAUUCGACGACGACGGCGACUGUCUAUGUCCAGUUUGUGUCUUGCAACAUCUUCUUUUUCUUCUACUAUCCAUCUCACCACCCUCGUUUCUUAGUUGCGUUCCUCUCAUCUGCAUUACUUUGCGGAUUUUGGAAGGAGAGAGAAUUGAUUUUCUUUAGCUUCGGCACAUCGUCCAGGUGUGCAUUGGCUUGACAGGACUAGACCAAGGGAAAGAAAAUACGAGAAACGACAUCAUAGCUUCGUCGCCCUUGACGGUCGAGCAAUCAUAGCAUCACACGACAAACAUACGCUUGACGCGAAUCCCAUUUCUAUCUGACGAAUACGGUGCGAAUCGAUCUUCGAUUCUGCAUACCCCGAAACCGCCAUUGAUCAAAGAUCUUCGCCAUUGUCUAAGCGGCAUUCCACGACCCCGCCUACAAUCCUCGGGCGAGAGUGACUUCACAAAGUCUUUGCACCAACCUCCAAUCUCGAAAUACAAACCAGACCCCAGUUCUGGUGCAUUCAUCUGCAAGUCUCCUAGAGACACUACGUACAUAAUCCACCUUCAUGUCAUUACGAAGUCCUCGAAGUCCUCGAUCUCCCACCGAUUUCUCCCGUCGAGGGUUCCAACCACUCCCGACGACCAGCCCAAACAUGGGAACCCCAUACGAUUCCGAGGGCGGCAUCCCCCUCACCAAUGUCCAGACACGCUCUUCCUCGACAGGAGCCAGGAAGCAGGGCGAAGGCGUCAUGAACGACAACGAUCUCAGCAACCAACCCACAUUCAAAGAUGACGAGAAGAAAGGACUGUUCCACCGCGGUGGACGACGCAAGGUCAAGAAGAUUGAUAGUAAACCUGUGCGUGUGGGCACAGAUGGGGAGGAGAUAGCUCUUACUGGGCUGGGAAAAGUAUACAGCAAGAUUGUCAACUUCUCGGUGGUUACAAGAUACCUGAUGUACGUGGCGCCAAUAGCAGCGUUGAUUGCGAUUCCCAUCGUCAUCUUCGCCAUUACGGACAGGAAUGCUCGGUUUGCUGGCACAGGAGUCAAGGUCUGGCUCUUUUGGCUGUGGAUUGAAAUCAUCUGGCUCAGUAUCUGGGUCUCGAAACUCGUCUCGAAGGCUGUACCGAACAUAUACAUGUUUCUCAGUGGUGUGGUCUCCUCAGGAACGAGAAAGUAUGCUACUAUUCUGCGAGCUGUCGAGAUUCCUCUGUCGCUAGUAGGAUGGUCUGUGACGUCGCUGGUCACAUUUACGGCUUUGACAUCAACACAACUCAACCCUGGACCACAGAAGGGAUGGAUUGAUGUCAUGAAGAAAAUCCUAGCACCAGCUCUUAUUGCCAGUAUUCUUUUCCUGGUUGAGAAGAUGCUCAUUCAAUUGAUCAGUAUCAACUAUCACAAGCGGUCGUUCGAUGGCAGGAUCAAGGAUUCGAAGAGAAAUAUUCACCUUCUGGGUCUGUUGUACGAUGCUAGUAGGACGUUGUUCCCUGUCUACUGUCCUGAAUUUGUUGAGGAGGACUAUAUCAUCAAUGAUAGUAUUGAAGCUAUGUUGGCCAAGGCUACAGGUCAGAAACCCAGUCACACACGAUCUGGGUCUGCUACGCCAAUGAGAAUCAUUGGGAAUAUUGGACGUGUUGGAGAUAAGGUCACCUCAGUGUUCGGAAACAUCGCUUCUGAAAUUACUGGAAAGCAAGUCUUCAACCCCACUUCAUCUCACUCGGUCAUCAUUGAAGCUCUGGAGAAGACCCGUUCUUCUGAAGCUCUGGCCAAGCGAUUAUGGAUGUCUUUUGUUGUGGAAGGAAAGGAGUCCUUAUUCGCUGAAGACGUUGAAGAAGUCCUUGGCCCCGGACGAAAAGAAGAGGCUGAUGAGAUUUUCCGUGCUUUGGAUAAUGAUGGAAAUGGAGAUAUCUCUUUGGAAGAAAUGAUUAUGAAGGUUGUUGAGAUUGGAAGAGACAGGAAGGCUAUCAAUGCCAGUAUGAGGGAUGUUGGACAGGCUAUUGGGGUUUUGGAUUCGGUUCUUGUCACUAUUCUCUGUGUCAUUAUCGUGUUCAUCUUUGUUGCAUUCCAAAAUACGUCCUUCGUCACAACACUCGCAACAGCCGGUACUACCCUGCUCUCACUGUCUUUCGUCUUUGCAGCUACCACCCAAGAGUUCCUCGGUUCUUGUAUCUUCCUGUUCGUUAAGCACCCGUACGAUGUCGGCGACAGAGUAGACAUCGAUAAGGUUUACCUCGUUGUGGAGCAAAUCUCCCUCCUCUUCACAGUCUUCAAAAGAAUCGACACCAUGAAGAUGGUCCAAGUCCCUAACAUCAUCCUCAACAACCUCUGGAUUGAAAACGUCACACGCUCCAAAGCCAUGAAAGAACAACUCGAGAUGUUCAUCUCCUUCGACACUACGCUCGAAGAUAUCGAGCUUCUCCGUGCCGAAAUGGAAGCCUUCGUCCGCGCCGCCGACAAUUCCCGCGACUUCCAACCAGACAUCAUCCUCGAAGCCACUGGAAUUGGUAACAUGGACAAGCUCCAACUCAAGGUCGAAAUCAGACACAAAUCCAACUGGGCAAACGAAACCGUCCGCGCAUCUCGCCGCUCCAAAUUCAUGUGCGCACUCGUCCUCGCCCUUCGCAAGAUCCCCAUCUACGCUCCCGGUGGCGGUAAUGAACCUCUCGGCGGCCCAACAAACCCAGGAUACAGCGUCGCCGUCCCAGAUGACUGGGCGGCUGCCGCGCGCGACAAAGCCAAAGCCGCAAAGGAAGAGAAACGCUUCUUUCCUACCCCCAAGACAGAUGAUACCGCCUCCUCUAGCAGCGUCGACCACCUCGGUCUCGGUACCAAAACUGAAGAAGGCGCCGCUGAUGCUCUCAAUCGCCGGAAACCUACUGAAGAUCCUAGUGCGGGGUGGGUUGCUGCACGCGAUGAGGGGGAUGCGUUCACCGAGGAGUUAGAGCGCAAGCGGAGCAAUGAUAUCGAUAACCUGAAAGAAACACUUCUCAAGCGCGCAAGCACGAGGGGUAGACGCAGACCAGGCGAGCAUCUGCCCCCUUCGCCGAGUAUCUAUACUACGCCUAGUCUGAACGUUCAGGCGCCUAGUCCGAGGAAUACGCAGGGUUUUGGGGUGAGAGAUGUGGUUGAUGAGGAGGCCGAGUUGGAGACUGGGCAUAAUGGUGCUGGGUAUGGCUCCAGUCAGAGCCAGAACCAGGGUGCGUAUGGUGUACAGGGACAAGGACAGCAGGGUGGUGGGAUGGGAUAUCCUAUUUAUCCUUCUUCGAGUGCGCCGCAAGGUCAGCAGCAAAGACCAGGUACUGGUCAACAGGUUGCGCCGCCGCCCAAUGCGGGGUCGUCGAGUGCUCAGCAGCAGCAGCAGCAGCAGCAAGGGAGGGGUAGGAGGUUGAGUUUAGGGUUUAGAGGCCCGGGGGGAUCGUCUUCUUGAAAUAGGGGAGGAGGGUGAGGUUGAGAGUGAGGGUGUGAGUGAGGUUGAGUUUGCAUGGUUGUACAAAUUGGGAGGAUGGGAGGGAUGAUACCCGGAGGAACAAAAAUGUGUUGGAUACAGCUUUGGAUUUAAAAUGCAUAGUUUGCAUUGGUGUAGAAUAGAUACAUUGGUGUAGUAGAUAGUUGAGCAGGCUUGGAUAUCGAAUAUUGAGUAGAUAUCGGCUAUACUGAGAACUGGGCUUUAGAAAGUCGAAAGAAAUUAUCAGACAAUGAGAAUGAAAUUCCGCAUUAUAAAAAGCACCAGGAUAUAACAGGAGCAUUAGUAAUCUUCUCUUUUCUUCUUUCCUUGUCACAUGGUUGGUGGUUAGUGUAAGUAAAGGCAAACAAUAUAUAUCUCAGAAUCCGCCGCGUGUGCGGACGGUGGACUUUUUUUUUUUUUUUUUUUUUUUUUUCUUUGGGAAAGUAAAUUGAUUGAUUGAUUGGAGGCAGGCGGUGGAGGGCAGGUAGCAGGUGGCAGGUGGCAGGUGGCAGGUGGUAGGGGAUUGAUUAAUGACAAUGAGAGUGGCAAUGACAUUAAGAGUCAGAGCGAGACUGAGGCUGAGACUGAGAUUGGACAGUGACAAUAAUACUUCUCAAUCUCAAUGUUUAUAGUUAUGGCGUCUUGUUUUGUUUUGUUUUAUUGAGGUGGGGUGGGGUGGGUUGUUGAAUAGGCUGCAUAUGAGGAGGUGGAAGAGGUAAAGGAAUAACGAUAUCCUUACUCUUACCAAAACGAUUAAAAAAAAUAGAACAUUGAGAGAGCGGCACACCAUACCAUAUCAUACCAUACCACACCAUUCCUUACCUUUAUCUCACGCAACCAAUGCGGGUCUGAUAUAUAAUCUCUCCAUGUCGCUUGAAUUCCUUCUUCUCUAUGGGAUAGGAGGAGGGUAUUUAUAUACCUUUCCCGGCUUUUCCGGCGCCCAUCAAUUCCUUUGAAAGUGGAAGUGAAAGUGGAAGCGAAAGUGAAAGUGGAAGCGAAAGUGAAAGUGGAAGCGAAAGUGAAAGUGGAAGCGAAAGUGAAAGUGGAAGCGAAAGUGGAAGCGAAAGUGGAAGUGCCAUGGGGAAAGUGCCAUGAGUAGAUUUUGUAUUCACCAAUGCACGUCAAGGCAAGGCAAGGUAAGAAAGAGUCAGAUUAAAGGCCACGGUAAUUCACUUGGAAACUUGGAAAAGGGCUGGGGAGGUGGAUUUGGAAUUGGGUUUGGGUUUCUAAAGGGAGGAAUGAGGGGAGUGAGUUGGUGAGUGAGUUGGUGAGUGAGUGGGGACUGGCGUGAGAGGGUGAGAGGGUGAGAGGGUGAGAGGGUGAGAGGGUGAGAGGGUGAGAGGGUGAGAG